CCUACCUACCUGUGCGUCAACCCAAAACUGCGAGUCGGAGUUGGAUGCAGUACCCAAAUACCUAUUGCUAUGAUCCAAAUAUGCCAGUUCAAUCAGUGCAUCAUGUUAUAUUAGCUGCAUCUAAACUGUGCUGUGAUAUUAGACUAUGUGUCUGGAAAUAAGUGUAUUUUGCAUUCUCUCCAUUCAACUCUUAUCGCCAGUAAUUGUAAACGAAGAAACUUAAAUGACAGUUUCUUACUGAAAUAUGUGAAAUUCCUUUUAUACUAGUAUCCGGGUGACGACUAGGUGUGAGGGGCAUCAUAAUACAAAUGCUGCUGUACCAUCUUUGCCAGGAUAUUAGUUGAUGAAAUAAUGGCACACUACAAGUCCAAUGGGUGUCCUUUGAGUUCAUUAUGGGCAGUGAACUGUGCACGGCAACCAGUUAUUUCAAUGUUUAUGGAUAAGAAUGCCUUCAGAGGUGCUCCUUUCAUAGAUGUUUAUACUGCAGCAAGCACUGGAGAUUAUGAUGUCAUAUACCAUGUUUUGAAUAGCAGUGAAAAUGGUAGAUUGUUGAUGAAGAAUAUAAGUGGAUGGACUCCACUGAUGUAUGCAUGUUACAAUGACCAUGACAAAAUAGUGGAACUGUUGAUUUCGUGGGGUGUUGACAGAUUUGACUGUAACGGUGCAGGAGAGACACCCCUCAUGCUUGCAGCCUUAAAUGGAAAUGAGAAGAUGUUGGCGUUAGUUUAUAAGGACAAUAUUAUCAACAUGACAGACAAACGAGGGUGGAGCGCACUUUUUCAUGCUGUAUCCAGGAGACGGCAAAAUGCUGUUGCAUUUCUACUUGAGCAUGGAGCAGAUGUUAAUUUAGUUGCUCGUGACAAUGGUUACACAGUGCUGAUGGUGGCUGCAGCAACUGGGAAGAUAAGUGUAGUGAAAAUGCUUCUAGCUGCAGGAUGUAACCCUUCCAAGGUAUCUUGGGAGGGAGAAAGUGCGAUAUCUAUAGCUCAUUCUUGCGGGUUUUUUGAUAUCGUAAGAAUGUUAUCAUCCAGCGCCAGGUUUUGUGAGUUGCACUUGAUUGAUUUACAUAAUCUGCUUUGUUCACUGGAUCUUAUGGAUUAUUGGCCAUUAUUUCAAAUGCGAAACAUAGACAUGGAAACCUUCUUUUCAUUUACGGAAAAUAACUUGAAGGAUAUUGGAGUCACGUGAGUGCCGCUUGGGACCACGUAAGAAGAUGGCUUCUACUAUUUCGCAAUGGAGGCAGCAGCGCCGCCCUUCACAUGCUCAGUUGUGUCCCAUGUGUCACAGACAAUAUCUGUAGGGAUGAACAUGUACAGUCUGCCUUUCGCUUCAUGAUUUUUGAAGUUAAGAGACUGUUGCAUACAACAGAAGUAUUAGAUCAAUAUGACCAAGUGUGAGAAAUGUGCCAUUUAUUUUAUCAUUGAUAUGUGCUCCAUUUUAUUUAUGCAUGCAUGCAUUUAUGAAUGAACCGAUUGAUUGAUUGUUUUGCCAUGUGACUUGAGUACAGUAUAUAUAUAUAAGACUAUAAAAAUUUCCAUUCAAGUACAAAUAAGGGGAACAUUUUUAUAAAAUAAGCUUAAAUUAUGUUUUAGGAAUUUAUUAUUUUCAAUGAUUAUUUAUUUUAUAUUAUGACAAAAUAAGAAUUAACAUCAUACAAAUACAAGUAAGAACACUUU